AGAGUGGGCACUUCUUUGCCUUUGCAAAUACACCUGGAUUUAAUGGCGUUGGCCAAGAUGGAGAUCCAGCCGACUGUCUUUCCAAUUCUAAACGGCGACGACGCGGAGAAUGCUGUCUUUCAGGUCGUCCGCUUGCCGUUGGAUUCAAGCCUGGCCGCGCAAUGGCGACAAGGCAACAGUGCCAGAUGGACGCAUGGGAUCAAGGCCGUAUGGGCCGUUCUAGUUGCCCGGUACGCCGGCAGCGAAGCCCCAAGUUUUACUGCUAUUGAGGACGUGCAUACGUCAGCACACCAGCGUACGGAAGCUCAAGUCGAGACCUGGGAGGUAUCCGAAGACCGAAAUGCCUACUUCACAGAGGCCGCACGCAGAUGCAAAAGGGAGCCGUGGCCCGGAAUACAACGGGAUCGCCAAGUCGUUGGCACCGGGGUUCGAAUCCAGAGCGACAGCCGUCAGAAUGACUCUUCGGACUGCCAGCAGAUAUCCAACGACUGCAGCCUGCUUGUCACUCUGAAUUUGCGCCGGUGUCCCAUCGACAUCUCCCUGAGGUACUCGAGUGCAACGAUAAGCGACAAGUACGCCCAGGCGAUAAUAGAAACCGUGAAGGAUGUCUUCGAAUACCUACUACAGUGCCCCCGCGCCAAGAUGAGCAGCGUCCGAUUCUUGGGGAGGCAUGCUUCACGGUUGCUGGCAGAGUGGAACGAUCCGAGGCUACUCGCGAGACCGCAGACAUGUAUCCAUACUUUGAUUCUAGCCCAGUGCCAACAGCAACCCACCGCAGAGGCCGUCUGUGCGUGGGAUGGCUCAGUCUCUUACGCUGAGCUCGAUCGCCUGUCCGGCGUUUUGGCUGGCCGACUUGUCUCGCUAGGCGUGCACUCGGAGAUUAUGGUGCCUGUCCUUUUCGAAAAGUCCAUGUGGACUGUCGUGGCCAUCCUGGGCAUUCUCCGCGCAGGCGGGGCAUUCGCUCUGCUGGAUCCCUGUCAGCCCCGUGCACGCCUGCUCGACAUCUGCGACACCUGCCAGGCCAAGAUAAUCGUGGCAUCACGAACCCUCGACGAGACAGCGAGCAAGUUGUGCGAGACUGUUGUCCCUUUCCCGUUCGUCAGCGGUGGCAUCGACCAUCUUCCACCGCCCAAUACACCUCCAACACCGCCGGGGAAUGCAGCAGACGCAGCAUAUGUUGCCUUCACCUCUGGAUCCACAGGAAAGCCCAAGGCCAUCGUCAUCGAGCACCAGUCCUUCUGCGCCAAUGCGCUCGCGCAAAACAAAGUCCAGGGCCUCAAUCGCCAUUCGCGUGCGUUUCAGUUCGCUUCCUAUGGGUUCGACAGCAGUAUUCUGGAGAUGCUCAUGACCCUGAUCGCCGGCGGCUGCGUCUGUGUGCCGUCCGAGGCGCAGCGUAUCAAUGAACUCGCCUCAACCAUCAACAAGCUUCGCGCCAAUUGGGUUGAGCUCACGCCGUCGGUGGCCAGGAUGCUCACCCCAAAGACGGUGCCCGGUAUUUGGUCACUGCUCCUUGUCGGCGAGCCGCUGUCCCAGGAAAACAUCGCGACCUGGUCAGGCAAGGUGCAGCUCAUCAAUGCCUACGGACCUGCCGAGUGCAGUGUCGUCGCCACGAUCCAGCCCGUCGUGCGGCAAUCAGACCCGUCGAAUAUCGGCCGGUCCCAAUCGGGGCACUGCUGGGUCGUGGAUCCCCGGGAUAUUUCCACGCUCCAGCCGCUGGGCGCGCCCGGCGAGCUCCUCAUCAGUGGACCCCUUGUCGGCCGUGGAUACCUGAACCACCCGGACCAGCAGGCAUACGUGCCCGCCCCGCCCUGGGCCUCAGACUUUGGGCUGCCGCCGGGGGAACGCUUCUAUCGCACCGGGGACAUGGCGUACUAUAACAUCGACGACGGGACGCUACGGUAUCUGGGCCGCAAGGACCGACAGGUCAAGCUGCACGGCCAGCGCAUCGAACUAUCGGAGAUUGAGCACCACGCGCAGCUAUAUGCAAAGGGGAUUGUGGCCGCUGCGGAUGUUGUGAACCCGCGCGGGCAUGUCUCGGACGCGAUCCUGACGUUGUUUGUGGUACAAGGAGCCGGGGCCGAGGUGGUCUUUGCAGGCCAGGAUGGAGCAGACCUCCUCGCACCGGUGGACGAUCGCACUCGGGCGUUUUGGAAGGAAAUGCGGAGCUGGCUUCGCGAGCGAUUGCCCUCGUAUAUGGUUCCGACAAAGUUUGUGCCGAUGAAUCGCUUCCCCUUGACGGCGACUGGGAAACUCGACCGGCGGACUCUCGUCACGCUGGCUUCCAAGGCGCUGGUCUCGGAUGAACUCCAGGAUGGCCCAGCACUGGUGAGUAAGCAGUCUCCAGCGACAUGCGACAUAGAGAAUGCCCUGCGCUCUCUCUUUUCGAAUGUCCUGGGGGUUCCUGAGCACCGCAUCGCGGCCGACGACGAAUUCUUCGCUCUUGGAGGGACAUCGUUGAGAGCGAUUGAGCUGGUGGCCUGUGCACGAUCCAGGGAUAUCGCCAUCACGGCCACCGACGUGAUCAACCUGCAGACCCCGGCAGCCCUCGUCAAGGCGGCCUCUCGCUGCCACGACCUCCCUACCAUCCCACCAUUUAGUCUUAUCAGUGAGGAAACCCGUCUCUCGCCAACCAGCAUAGCUUCUCAGUUCAAAGAGGACAUUAUUGAAGAUGUCUACCCCUGCACCCCGCUGCAGGCCGCGAUGAUGGCCUUGUCUGUGAAAAUCCCCGAUGCCUUGGUUGGCACAUUUGCGUUCAUGCUGCCACCGCAAACAGACGUUGAGAAAUUCAAGCGCGCCUGGGAGCAGGUGAUUACCGCAAACCCGAUCCUGAGAACCCGGAUUGUCCAGUGCGAAAGUGAAUUCUUGCAAGUCGUCGUUGCUGCCAACAAAGUGCACUGGGCCGACUCCUACCCAGCAGACGAUGGCUGGCCAAUGGGGCCAGAAACCCCUCUGCUGCGCGUGGCCCUGAUUGAUCGGGCGCAUGAUGGGCAGGAACCCCGGUUUGUCGUCAAGAUUCACCAUGCCAUUUUCGAUGCGUGGUCCUACGCUCAGACCCUGGACGAUGUCGAGACAGUGUAUCAGGGCGGUGCAGCGCCAAAGCGGCAGCCGCUCAGUCCCCUGGUAGAAUACAUCUCGCGCCUCGACUCCAACGCAGCACAAGAGUUCUGGAGGACCGAGUUUGGUGGAUACAAAGCGCUCCCCUUUCCACCGCGGCUCCCAAGCGGCACGUCGCUGUCGUCGCGCUCUCCUCGGUCUCAAAGCGUUCAUGUCCAUACUACAGCCAUCGAUGGAGACUGGGCACUCGCAAGCAAGGUGCAACUGGCCUGGGCGAUGGUCAUAUCCACGCAUACGAGUACCAACGAUGUUGUUUUUGGCUUGACCGUCUCGGGACGGACAGCCCCCGUGGAGGGCAUUGACCACAUCAUGGGGCCGACCAUUGCGACAGUGCCCUUUCGAGUCCGACUCCAACCGGAUCAAGCGCUGCAAGAUGCAUUGGCCGAGAUCCACCAUCAUGCCGUUUCCCUCGUGCCCUUUGAGCACACGGGCAUUCUCUCGAUUGCCGACUGCAGCGCCGAGGCCGCGGCCGCCUGCGCGUUUCAAAACCUCCUGACAGUCCGACUGCGCACAGCAGAGCGAUCGCAAUCGCUCAUGACGGAUGCGCCGGAGAACGAGGAUGAGGAGCGCAAGUUCAACACGUACCCGCUUUCAAUGGUCGUUCAGGCGCGGCGGGACUCGCUGCAGCUCAAGGCGUUUGUUGACGGAUCCGUGUUGCGUGACAAUCAGGUGCAGAUCAUCCUGGAGCGGUUUGCAUCAAUUCUCCAACGCAUUCUGCACCAGCCACAAGGUGCACGCAUCAGCGACUUGAUGCUGCCGUGUCCCUCUGAUAAGGAGAGAUUGACUGCGUGGAAUCAGAGGGAACUCGGGAAACGGCUGGAAUUCGUGCACCAGCUGGUGGAGGAACACGGGGCGACGCAGCCCGAGUCUGAGGCUGUUUGUGCGUGGGAUGGCUCCCUUACGUAUCGCGAACUGGUGAGGGCAUCGCACUCUUUGGCUGCGCAGCUCCAGGCCCAGGGUGCCCGGCCGGAGACGGUGAUUGGCAUCUGUACCGAGCGCUCGAAAUGGCUCCCCGUGGCCAUGUUGGGGAUCCUCAUGUCCGGUGCCGCGAUGGUCUGCCUGGAACCCAACUUCCCAGUCCAGCGGUUGACAAGUAUCUGCCGAGACGUGGAUGCGCAGGUUGUGCUGUCGACUACGCUGCUCCAUGACAGGGGCAGCAAGAUCGCCAAACGCGUCAUCGUCCUGUCCGACGACGCAGUGGCCAGAUUCGACGCCGAUACGUACCGGCCUCCUGCACUGAGCCUCCAGAACGCGGCGUAUGUGGCGUUCACAUCUGGUUCGACUGGCGCGCCCAAAGGCGCCACCAUCGAACACGGCAUGCUUUCUCUGGCUUUCAGCGGCCACGCGCCGCUCUGCGGACCGAUGCGCGGAUCGCGAGGUCUCUCGUUCUCGUCGCUCGCUUUUGACAUGUGCGUUUUUGAAGUUCUCUUUGUUCUCGGCGCAGGUGGCUGUCUGUGUAUCCCAUCCGAGGCCCAGCGCACGGACAAUCUCGCGGGGACAAUGGAGGAGAUGAAGGUGGACUGGGCAGUGCUUACGCCAACAGUCGCGCGCACACUCACGCCGUCCAGCGUACCCACGCUGCAAACGCUGCUCCUGGGAGGCGAGCCCGUGUCGGAAUCCGACAUUGCAACCUGGGGUCCUCACGUCGCGCUCCAUAAUGGCUAUGGCCCUGUCGAGGGCACCAUCAUCACGACCACUGCGGUCCGCAUCAAGCCGGGACAUGAUCCAUCCAACGUGGGGCUCCCGCCCAAUGCAUCAUGCUGGGUCGUGGAUCCCCACAAUCACCAUCGCUUGCAACCUGUCGGAUGUGUGGGGGAGUUGGUCAUUGGGGGCCCGACCGUGGCGCGAGGAUACAUCAACCGCCCGGCCGAGACAGCGGCGGCCUUUAUUCGCCGUCCGGCGUGGGAAAGCGAGUUCCCGUUCGUUGCGGGCCAUCGCUUCUACAAGACCGGUGAUCUGGCGUACCAAAAUCCCGACGGCAGCAUCUCCAUCAUGGGCCGCAAGGAUUCCCAGGUGAAGCUGCACGGCCAGCGCAUCGAGCUCCACGAGAUCGAGCACCAUGCCGAGGCGUAUCAGAGCGGCGCAACCUGCAUUGCACUGCUGGUCAACUUUAAGCAUCUCGGUGGGUCUCGGCUUGUUCUCUUUACCUGUGCAGGUAGGGAUGUUGGCUUCGAUGUACGCGCCAACGCCGGGUCUCCAUUCGUCCCGGACCCAGACCGAGACCUAGAAGGCAUCCAGCAGCUGAAGGAAUAUCUCGGCCAGACGCUCCCGCACUUUAUGGUGCCCUCGAUUGUAAUCCCGCUGCGCUAUCUCCCGCUGAGUCCCAGCGGCAAGGCCAACCGGAAUCAACUGCGCGAGUUUGCAGAGACAAUGUCACGGGCUCAACUAGCCACGUAUCUGGGCAGCGACAGCAAGACGCAGAAGAAACGACAGCCCGUGUCUACUAAGCAGAGGUUGGUCCAUCGGGCGUUUGCAAGCGUCCUCUCGAUACCCGAGGACACAUUAGGAGUCGAUGAUAGCUUUUUUGCACUGGGUGGCGACUCCAUAACCGCCAUGCGCCUGCUUGGCCUGUGUCGAACGGGGGGGAUGAGCUUGACCAUGUACGAGUUCCUAAAGUAUGAUACCGUCUCUCUUUUCUGUGAGCAUGCCCGUCCCGUCACUCCAGCCAAUAUACCCCCUCCCCCUGCGGCUCCGACACAGCAAUGCGCACUCGUCUCGGUGCCGAAUGGAAAAGUCGCCCCUGAACACCGAUCGGGAUCUAAUACAGCGCUCCUGCGCCUCAGCCAUGAUGAAUGGCAAGGCAUAUACGAUCUGGCUGGGCAGCAGUCGGUCGGUUCCAUCCAGAGUGUCUAUUCCUGUUCCGACGCCCACUCGGGUAUGUUGGAACUCUACACUUCCCAGUAUCGGGGAAACCUGAUUUUUGCCCUCGAGUGCGCAGAUGCCAUUAGCCCGGAGGAGGUCGUGUCCGCCUGGAAUGACAUUGCUCAUCGACAUACUGCCCUCCGCACGCUUAUUAUACCACAUCCCGACAGCGAAAAGUCAUAUUUGCAUGUUCUGCUCAAGAGCGCGUCGCCGAGUGUUGUGGUGUUGCCCAAUGUCGAGGAUACUCUCGGCGUCCUCAAGGCUCUGCCACCGACCCCAUGGGAGAAAGGCUCGCCACCACACCGGCUAAUCAUCGGGCAAGACCAGGCUGGACGGCUCCUUAUUCGUAUGGAGACUGGCUCCGCGCUCAUCGACGCCAUGUCUGUUCCCAUCCUCCUAAACGAUCUGGCUCUGGCCCUGCGCGGCAACCUCCCACCGGCCGCCGCAACCCCGUAUAGCGAGUACUUGGCGUACCUGCAGACCCAUUCAAGAAAGGAGACGCUUGAUUACUGGAAGGGGGCUCUGGCCGGGGCACAGCCAUGCAGGCUCCCACGACGACCGAGUGCCAAGGUGCAAACCCCCGAGCAUCGCUCACUACGCAGAUUCAUCGAGCAGGACCUCAACCGUCUCGACACCUUCUGGCGCUCGAAUCGCCUGACCGUCGCAAACAUCUUCCAGCUCGCAUGGGCGCUGCUCCUGCAGCACUACACCAAUGCCUCGGACGUCUGCUUUGGCAGUAUUGUCUCUGGCCGCGACAUCCCCCUGCCGCACAUCUGGCAGAUGGUGGGCCCAUUUUUCAACAUCCUCCCAUGCCGGAUGGUGCUGGAUAACGAUAAUGACAAGGCAAAACCGCGCACCGUCCUGGAUGUGCUGCGCGAGAACCAGAAUAACAUCCAGCGCCGCAACGACCAUCACCACUGCUCCGUCCCCGAGGUAAUCCGCCAGGCUGGGCUUGAUAUUCAGGGCGACAAGCAGCUCUUCAACACCGUGCUGACCGUGCAGCCCGAGUUUGAAUCUUCCACUACAACAGGUAUUGGCUUUAACCUGCUCGAACUGGAUGAUGCUACAGAGUACGAUAUGUGCUUGGCCGUGGUCCUGUCGCGGGACCGCAUUGAGGUGGAAUUGCGCUACUGGGCGUUUACCUGCUCAGACACGUACGCCUCGGAGAUUCUGGAUCGCCUCUGCGGGGCAGUUGGAUGGAUUGUUGACCAUCCCGGGGAUCCCAUCACUGCCGCCGCGUUUUGAGGACACUGGCGGACGCAUGCAUAAUUUUAAAAUUAAUUGAAUGAGGUCAUCAUGUUGAGAAUAAAUUGUUUGCUCAAGGUAUCGCAUGUUGAACAGAAAUACGGCCUACCCUAAGCUAUCGUAAACCCCAUGCGAGAUUGGUUGUUCCAACACCCUUUUUUAGCCGUAUGGAGAAACGCGCGAUACAGCAUUACUCGGAAG